UUGAGUCGGAUUUCACGAUUAGCAUUUCGCGUGUUGAGGUCUCAGAAAGAGUCUAGCAAAUGGCGUCGUAGUCUAAAAACUGUGACGGACUCGCGAAAACUACCCAUCCAUAUUCCAUUUCCGUGCCAAUUUAAGCCUUGUUUUCAAAAAAACAACAUCAAAAUGAGCACCAGCAGUGAUGAUACACAGUUCAACUGCCGGCUCUGCAACUUUGUAGGAACAAGCAAGACCGCAAUCGCAGAGCAUUUCCUGACAGAACACAUAGAACAGUAUGUCUCCCUUAGCAAGGCAACUCCUUUAAAAUCACCUAAGAAUGAAACAGUAACUAAAAAAGAAAAAUUAGAGGAAGGGGAGCAAGAAGUGGAUGAAUCAGAAGCAGAGAAUGAGGAUAUUACAAAUGAAGAAGAGGAAAAAGAAGAUGAGGAGAAAAGGUCCAAGACCUUAGACGAAAUUCUGAAAAAGAAACUAGAAAAGGAUACUAGUCCUGGAUUUGGCAGGGGGAUGCGGAGAAGGAAGAAGACCACUCCCAUCAAGUAUUCCAUGGAUGAUGACGAUGAAGAUGAAGAUGAUUGGUUACCAAAGAGAGAGCCAGAACCAUCUAAAACCAUCUACGUACGUCAACCUUCCAUACUUAACAAAGGACGUGGAAGGCCACGCAAAAAGGGUAAGCGUGGACGUCCUCAAACGCUUGGAUUGAAGAAGUCCAAAUUGAAGCCGAAGAGUGCUGCCCCAACUCCAAAACCACCUCCACCCCUGAAGCCUAAAACUGAGAUGAGGAAAAGGGCUGAUGAGAAGAACUUGCCAAUUCCAUACUAUGUAUUUAAUAGAAUCUUAGAUGACAGAGUGGAAACAUGGUUCAAACAUUUCAAAGAAAAGCGGGAAGCUAUAGAAAUGGUCCGUUGUGCCAAUGAUAGGUGUGCCAAUGUUAUGAGUGUAGAGGAGAUGGUCAUCCAUGAGAAGUGCCACGUGCCAAACCUUGACGGAUUCCGUUGUUUCGAAUGUGGGGUCCUCAGCCUCCAUUGGAACAAGAUGAGGGUUCACUAUCGAUCUGAGCAUGACCCUAAGCUGAAUGCUGCCAUGUGUGAUUUUGAAGGCUGUGAGAAGAUAUUCCCAUGCAUUGGCACCAAGCUCCUGCAGAGUCAUGCCCUCAAAGCACACUUCAAACCACAACUUUUAGCAAGACUGAAGAGCCCAGACUUUGAUCCGUCGGAGUAUGCACAAUAUAUGCUGGCCCCUGAGAGUGAAGCGGACAGACAGUCCAUUUUAAGAAAACGUGGCAAUAAGCGUCCUGCAGAAGAUGAAGAUGAUGAUGAUGAAGAAGAAGAAGAAGAGGGAGGAGAAAUAAAAGCUCCUGCUAAGCCAGAAGCAAAAAAGCCCAAGAGGAGAAAGUUCAAGCGCUACAAGGUGCAUGUAUGCAAUAUCUGCAUGGCCAGAUUCAAGGAUGAAGGGGAGAUGCUUUCACACAAGGAUGCACAUUACAAGGACAACUCUGAAGUAAUCUACUGUACAGAAUGCCCAGAUUACAACACCACAGAUGAGGAAGAGAUACGAAAGCAUUUGGCAGAAACCCACAAAAGAAUGCUGCACUUGCACCGCUGUCAUGAAUGCAACAAUUUCUCAACCAACCACUACCAUGACUUGAAGAAACAUCUUGUCACUCACACAGGUGCCAAGAACUACAUGUGUGAGUUAUGUGGCAGGCGUACCACCACGCCCUUCAAUCUGCGUAUUCACUACAGGCGUAUCCACGCUUCAGAAGAGGAGAAGAAGCACCACUGUAUGACAUGUGACUAUAAGUGUGCUGACAAAGGCAUCCUGAAGGAGCACAUCAAGCACAAGCAUGGCCUGCUGCUUAAUAAGGACAGCUAUGGAAGACCCAAACCAACCGCAACCUUUGCCUGUAACUUAUGUGACUAUGUGGGCCGCAAGCAGAAGAGUCUGGAAUACCACAUGCGCAUUCACAAAGAGAAUCGCCAGUUCAAAUGCCAGCUUUGCCCCUAUGCCAGUAAGACGAAGAAUAAUCUAGUACUUCAUAUCCGUACUCAUGAAGGGAUGCAGCCCAACAAGUGUCCUCACUGCGACUUCAAAGGUGCAACCAAUAAGAUUGUGUCUGAGCACAUCAUGAGCAAGCAUGCCAAGGUCCGUCCAUACCGCUGCAAUGUGUGCGGCUGGACAGCAGCAUACAAUGGCAACAUGUGGAAGCAUGUUGAGAACCACCAAAAGGUCCUUGGAGACCAGAUGCCUGAGUUUCCUGUCAGUGUCCUUUCCAAUAUAGAUGACCUCAACAUGCCUACACCUCUCCGCGCCCCAUCUGGCAAGAAGCGUGGCCAAGGAAAAGACCCAACCUCGCCAUCAUCGCCUACGUCUAGACCGAAAGUCAAGAGGAACCGUCAACCGAAAUUUCCGGAGCCUCCCAGCGGUGUCAUCCUUGCCAACAGGUCUGUGGUGCAGGAGGUUCCUGUGACAGUAACAAUAACUCACCAAGAAGAUGCCCCACAACAGCAGCCUCAUGAAGUAGCAGUAGCAGCAGCUCCACAACCUCCUCAAGCCCACCCACAAUCUGUUUCAUCGGUCAUCAAUCAUGAAGGAAUGGUCAUUCAGAUGGUGAACGUGGAACCAGCUCAUGACGCACAACCACACCAUGUGAAGGUCAGUAGCGACAACCAUAUCAUACGUCACCACCCCAUGAUAGAGUACAGUAGUGUGCCACCAGUGUCUGUCACCCAACAGAUCAUCGCUGCGGGUAAUGACAUGGCACAUGUCAUAUCAGAGCAGCAAUUCCAUCAACUGCAGCAGCAACAACAGCAACAGCAGCAACAACAACAGCAGCAACAGCAACAACAACAGCAGCAACAACAACCACCACCACAACCCAACCAAGGACAUCCUCCGCAAUCACACACCCCUCUUGCGCCACCUCCUGCACUGCACAGCCAACAGCCCAAGGCACCCUUGCACCCUGUACCUCUUGAGAUCCAUGCUGUCCCUAUUCACCCCACCACCCACAGUAACAUCCCGACACCAGUCGUUGAGCAGAUAGUGCGUGAUACAGACCAUGCUGUACAUCAUUUGGUGGCUGCCAUGAUGCCACGGUGGUAGGUAACCAUGGUUUCUCCUAAACAUCGUCCAGUUACACAAAAGAUUGCAAUCAAGUGCGAAAUGACUGUGGCCAAUAAACCAAGAGCAUUUUGAUUCGAAGACUGAUCAAUCUGUAACCACUCUGUAACCAUAAACUUUUGUGUUAAGAAACCUCAGAGUUAUGCUUUGGAAAGAGAUAAGAUAUUUCUUUGGUAUUUAGUAAUAGAGACAUUCAAGCUGUAAACUCAAAGAUUUGGGUGAUAUGUUGGCAUAGAUCUUCUACUAGUACUUUAAAUCAAGUUAAUGGCGUGCAAUCAUGCCAUGGGCAUUUAUUGCACAUACACAUGCAUCAAGUGUACAUGAAAAAUGAUUGAAAUUCUUGUUAUAAGGUCUGAAGCAAUUUUUUUAUAGUUUUGCUUUAUUCCAUUUAUGAAUACUACCAAAUUCAGUAUUUUCUUGCUCAGUAUCUUACCAUUUGUAUUUUAACAUUUAGAAUUCUUUGUAAUCAUUUGCUGAGGCUGAAGCAAACCAAAAAAAAGGGGGGGGGGGGUGGUAGGGGUAAAGUUUAAUUUCUAAUCAAAUCCAAUUGAGUUCAAUCCAGGAAUUGUUGAGUCAUACAGUUGUACAGGAACAAUACGGAAAUAAUUUUCAUUUACCAGUAUUAUUAUGUUUGCAAAAAAAAAUGUAGGCUUGUAAACAGAUAUAGUUUCAAAAUUUUGUAAAUAUAUGUCAUUGGUCAAUUAUUGUUUACUGAACAUUUUAGAAACCAUGAAAAUAUGGACAUUUUUACCAAAUUUUAUCAAUGGAUUUUGUCAGUUUAACGUGCAUAUUUCUCUGUAACUUUUGAAUCAACCCACAGAAGACUGAAGUGAUUCAUUUUUCAUCUAGGUUUAAUCCUGCUUUAACACCAGCUUGUAUUGAAAUAGAUGGGGUAGAUGUACAUGAGACAACCAAAGCACGCAACCUGGGCGUUCACAUGGAUCAACACCUUCAAUUAAAACAACAUGUUAGGAUUAUGACUCAAUCUGCAAUGUGUUCAUUGAGAAGAAUUGCAAAAAUUCGGAAUUGCUUGUGUAAAAAGACCACUGAAACGUUGAUUCACGCUUUUGUUUCUUCCAGAAUUGACUUUUGCAAUUCACUUUUAUAUGGCCUGCCUGAAAAAGAUAUAAGAAAGAUACAAAUAGUGCAAAACAGCGCAGCCAGACUUAUCAUGCGUGCUAAAGGUAAAGAUCCCAUUACGCCCUUGUUGUCGCACUUGCAUUGGUUGCCUGUACAGAAGAGGAUUGUUUUCAAGAUAAUAGCGAUAUGUCAUAAAACAUUAGUAAGUCUCCAUUGUACCUAUAUAAUCUGAUUACUGAAUAUGUCCCACAAAGGAAUCUCCGUUCUUCUAGCCAGAAUUUAUUAACUGUACCAACAUCUAAAACAUGUUCGUUUGGUGAUCGUGCCUUUCAGUUAGCAGCACCUGUACUAUGGAAUAAACUGCCUAAUAAUCUGAGGGCCAUCACAUGUACUUCCACCUUUCUUAAAUCUUUAAAAACAUACUUGUUCUCAUGUUAGAUUAUUUGGUUUAGGAUAGGUAUGUUGCAAUGUUUUGUUAAUCUUUCAUUUAGUAUUUAUGUAUUUUAUUCUAAGUAUACCUGUAUUAGACUUAAUUACCUCCUUUGUAAAGCGCAUAGAGAUUCUGUAGAAUAUUAUGCGCUAUAUAAGCAUCUACUAUUAUUAUUUUUAUUAUUAAUAAUGAUAUACAUGUAUGCAUUUGUUAACCAAUGCUCUUUUGAAUAUUCUUUUGCAUCGUUGGAAAUAUGAAGGGCAAUUCUUGUCUCCCAUUUCAUGAUCUCUUCAUGGUAACCAUCACAUUUGUAUAAUUUUGAGCAUUUGAGCAUCUGAUUGGCUACAGAAGGGAUCCUCAUAUUGGCAAUAUAACAAUCCUGGUAAAAUGGGCAUGUACUGUAUGACAGCCAUAAACUGCACUACACUAUUUCAUACUAUAUUCCCUCUUUUUGUGAGAGAGAAGGGGGGGGGGGUUGAUAUUCAUUAUUUUUGCAGGUUCAUGAAUAAACUCAUACUACUGAAUAAAUUUCCACAUAAAUAUAGAGGCUUUAGAUAAUUAGGGCAAGGUCACUUUUUUAUUCCAGUCCCAAGUGGCAAUAAUUAAAAAUAGCUCCAUACAUAUCAAAGGUAAAGGAAAGGGGCUUUGAGGCAAAUUAUAGGUCGUUCAAGGUCAGGGUUUUGGUUGCAUGGAAUUGCAUUAAGCUCUAUGUAUUAACAAUAAAAAAGUUUGGAUCAUCUUUGAUGUACCUAUUUGAUGUGCUAAAAAUAAUUGGGAUAAUGUAAGCCAUGCUAUUAUGAUAUGAUACAGAACAGUUAGUUCAUUGGUCCUUUACUGUGGAUUGAUGAGAUACAUCAAGCAAAAUGAGUUGAUUUAGCUGCAGUCUUGUUGUCUAACGUGAGAUUGACAGAUGAACUUUUGCCUUUGUUGGUCUAACCAGUGGGUUGACAUUGCACUUGCUACCUAGCUUCUGAAAGGCUUUCUAAGCAAGAAAAACCUGUAGAGCAUUACAUGUCAUCAGAUAUGUUUUCUUGACUUUGAUUGGCUGAAAAGCAUAUAGGUUCAGGCUGAUACAAUGGUAGCUGUUUGAUCACUUUGAUGAGUUGGCAUUUGCAAUGCAGCAUAUUAAAGAUAUUUUAUAACGAUAAUGAUCAGUUUGGAUUUUUAACAUAGGACCAACCAGCUUUCUUUAAUAAGUAUCUCAUUUCAGAAUUAACUUCUCACUUUUAUGGAUACUAAUAUUUUUAUUCACAAGGGAUGCUAAAAAAUGCAAUUUAAGUAUUUUAUAUUUCAGGAGGGGUGUAUUUUGUUCAUUAGCAAAUUAACCAAUUCCCAAUCAAUUUCAUUUUGUAUUUACCAUUUAUUCGAAACAUCAAAAUUACUUUAUAGGGGUGGGAAGGGUGACUAUUUAUGUUGGUUAUGACAAGAAUUUGUCACUUUGUUCUAUAACCGGUGUGUUGGCUCAUCAGUUGGUAGAGCGUCUGUCUCACAAUUGGGAGUUCAAACCCGGUCACAUCAGACUAAAAGACGUUUAACAAUUGGAUUUGCUGCUACCCUGUUUGGCGUUCAUCAAUGAAAGGGAUAGAGCCUUGUCAAUCUGGCGCUGCAGGGCCCACAACCAAUUGGGCAAAGCAAAUUUUCGGAAUAUUUCAUUUCAUGUCUAUUUCGAACAAUAAAUUAUGGAUUUUUCAUGUUAAUGUAAACUUCACUUAACCAAAACAUGAUCAUGAUGUGAGAUGUGAUGUACAUUCUACAAAUAAUCAGCAUUUUAACCUACCCCCUUUUCCCUCUAUUUUAUUUGCUUGUUUGAUGAUGUAAAUACUGUAAAGAUUUUUAGUUGCUAGAAGUGUCAAAGCCGUGAGUGAACAGUUAGUGAGAUGAUAUCAGUGAAAAAAAAAGAUAAUUGCUGUGUAUAGUUCUAAAUUGUAGUUAUAUUAAAAUGAAAGUUCUUCCAUUUUAAAAGUUCAGUAAUAAAUUAUAGUUUUAGUAGUUGUGAAUAUACAUGUAAUCUAGCACUUUAAUAAGUACUGAUCUAUGAUAGCAAAUAAUGUAUACAUGUUUUGAAAGAUGAAAUAAUGUUGAUAUACUUUUAUUUCUAAUCCAAGUGAAUUUGUAUUGAUACUGCAUUGUAAAUUACCAGCAUGUUUCAGUUGCAGCAACACAGUUUUGAGAAUUCAUUUUCACAGUGAUCACAUUGUUUUUACCAAUUUAUAUUGUAUCUGCUGUUGUUCCCUUUUAAUUACCAGAUUGCAGCGCUGCUAGAGAUUUGUUUAGAUAUACUUGAAAUGAUUUGUCAAUUGUCAUGACUUUGAAUUGUCAAGACAGCUUUGAGUGUAUCUCAUAUAUCUGAAGAGUGUUGUUUUUUUUUGGUGAAAAGAAAUACAUUCACUAUCUAUUUAAUUUUCAGUUAUGUAGAAUUUAGAUUAGAAAUGCUUCUAUGCAGAAGACACUGCACAAUGACAAUCGUAUCAAACAAUUAUGGUAUUGGUUUUGUAUGCUCCCAAAUCCUUGUUGCUAUUGUAAAUUUUCUGCCCUGCUUUUAUUAUUUAUAAUUAUCCUGGAGUGCAUUGCAAUGCCAAUAGACCUGUUUACCCAAUGAUGUAAUCAUGACAUUCAAAUUGUAUGCGUACUUUUAAAACUAAAAAGGUGUUCUUGACUGCCUGGAAGCUUGUCAGACAUAGCAUCAAAUAUUGUAUGCAAACUGGGAAUAAACAUAUUGUAGUGUACUAAUAUGUUUAUGAGAUACUAAUUGACUAGGUUCCCCAGGAAAAACACAUUUAUUAAUUUGAACCCUUCAGUAAACAAGCCUAUUCAAUAUGAAUAUGUUUACAUUUGUAAAAUGUUAUAAGAUAUGAAAUUGAUCAUUUGUUUUUUAUUGAUUGGACAGAGAUUUUAACCCUUUACUUCUUAUCAUGGGCAGAAAUCCCAGGGGGAUGUGUCCCCUUUACCAAAAAUAGUCAGGGGGACAUCAUAUCAAAUGUCCCCCACACUAUUUUUGGUCUUUUAUGAUGGAGAAAAAUAUAUUAUUCAUAAUUGAAAUAAUACAUGUAUUUUGGACUAAAUGGCCUUACAUUUUGGGUGAAAACUUUUUUUUUUUUGCUUGUCAAAUUUCCCAGCCCCUGGUCCCCUACUUUGGGGACAGAUUUCUGCCCAUGUAAAUUAUGAAUUUAAGUGUCAACUGCCAUAAUUGUUACCCAUUGUAUUUAUUUUAAAGGACAUGUAUGCAUUUUGUAUCAAAUGCAGGUUCAACAUAGCAUGGUAUUAGAAUAAUGCAGUAUGAAUUGAUAUAGAUAAUAUUAUCCAUGACCUUUUUCUUGUGGGUAUUUUGUAUGCUGCCCUAUUUGAAUGUACUGAACAUGUAUUAUGAGUCCUUUGCAAAUAAAGCCCAUCCAUUUCCCAAUCAAAA